UGUUGGAAAACUACAUUAGUGUCAACUUUCGGCUGUCACAGAUGCACCUCCCCCGACUUUCAUCUACAGUAGGUUGUUUUCGCCUUACCACUCAAAUGAGCCCAUAGUCAUGGAUCAGGUCAGAGAGGAAGAGGCAAAGCCAGAGGUUCACUCUUCCCAAAAUCUAUCCAAAAUAAGCCAAUGCAUUUCUAUGGGCUUAUUUUGAACCUAAGCUUGUCGCCAGCCUUCCCGCCUUUGGGACAACAACUCCCAUCAUUAGGGUGGAGACAUGAGCAUCUCAUUAUAUACAGCUCCCAUCAGGUGCUGAUAAUGGCCUUGUUCGAGAGGAUCAAAACCACAAUGUAUCAUGGGUAAAUUGUUACUGACUGAUCUACAAAUAAUAAUGAGUGUUAUUUAUGAUUUGUAGAUCAGUCAGUCAGCAGUCGUUUUGAUGCGCUCCAACAUGGCCAUUGUAACAGUGUUGAUUCCAUCCCUCUACUCACCAAAGGGAUUAUCGUCUAUAUGGGGGUAGCCUAUUAGCGUUCAGAGAGUGAAACACAAAUAUGUAACAUAUAGAGCGAGUUUUCCUCCUAUUUUCAUUUCCCUUCUAUUUUACCCAUAGUCAUAAGAAUCUGUUGCAUUCCAGGUAGGAUCGUUAUAUCAAUGUGCUUCCUGAGAUGACACUACACAUUGUGAUACGCGCAAACUUUCGCCGAAAAUAUGUAUCUGGAACGCACCCAGAAUCUACGCAUUCUACGUUUGUCGACUGUUUACUAGCCAUCGGAUUACGAUUUGGAAACAUUGCCUAAAACGCCAAUACGGUAGUAUUUUAUUCACAAAAUGACAAAGCUGAAGCUGCUAAAUGUCUUUUUAAGUGAGAGAUUAGCUGCAGCUGCUAAAGAAAUAUUUGUAGAGGUGGAAAAUAUUGUUUUCGAGUACCAGGAAGAAAUCACUCGUUCAAAGGCAGAGAAUGACCGUCUUCGCGGGCUACUGGACGUCGCUUUCCAGUUUACGCCAGCACAACAGCCCAUUCAGCUUAUAGCCUCUGAUGAGGAGGUUUCCCCUAAGCAUCAGCAGCACUGUGAACAAGAGUGGAGCCCCAGUCUGGCCCAGGAGGACCCAGAGCCCACACAGUUUAAAGAGGAACAGGAGCUCAGGACCAGUCAGUUGGAAGAGCAGCUUCAAGGGCUGGAAUCAGAUACAGAAUCCAUAUUCACUCCUUCCUGUGUGAAAAACGACCAUAAUCAGGAUUCGUCUCAGCCCUUAAAUGUUUACCAAAUUCAAACUGUGGAGAUCGGAGAGGGAAACUCUCUGUCUCUCCCCGCCAACAAAACUGAAGCAAUCAAACCAGAACCUGAAGGAGAGGGCUUUGAAAUAUCCGAACCAAGCAAUCCACAAUCCUUCUAUGCCAUGAAUCUAGACAAUGCUGAAGCUCAGUGUGAAAAUGGUAUAUAUUUCAAUGAGAUAGACAGUGAUGGACUUCCCUCUGAGUUUGAGGUACCACAGCCAAAUCGACCAAGGAGUGCCAGGAGAGGGCAAAUAAUAUGCACAGCGAAGAACGUGAAAAGGAACCCUGAUGAGAAGCCGUACCAGUGCAACGUCUGUGGGAAAAGUUUUCAUCACAUGUCCAAACUUAGAACACAUCUAAGGGUACACACAGGGGAGAGGCCAUUCAGCUGUCCAGAGUGUGGGAAAUGUUUCAGCCAGUCUGGCGAAGUCAACAGACACCUUAAAACACACAAUCGGCACAGGGCCUAUUUAUCCGGCCUAUGAGGGAGAUGCACCCUCUCUUGUGUCAAACUAUUAAUAAAAAAAUAAUAAAGAUCGCUGUUUUUUGUUAGAAAACAAGUGUUCUUGCUAUUUAUUUAUAGGAGGUAGGAGAUAUUAUGCCUACCAUUCCACUCAGUCAGUAGGACAGUAAUUGUGUGUUUGUCCUGUGGCAGUUGUAAUAGCAUUAGCCCAAAAUGACUCCAAUUGUUAUACAGUCUUGUUUACCAAUGUACACAUUAAAUCCAUUCAGAAACAUA